UCAGGCUAACACUCGGCACUAACGAACGUGUGCGAGGGGAGGAUACGACUAGUUUUCGAGGAUGCCCCACGAGCGGCAAAUUCUUUCAGGAAUGCCUAUACAUAUUCAGUAUUGAAGAACAAUACAUAUUUGCGGUUUAUCAUAAAAAAUCAACUGUUUUGUUAGUUUUCACUUUUUUCCUUGUCUCGGUUUCGUUUGAUUAUCAUCUGUUUCCGAUGGAUAUGAUACACCUCUUAUUACUUCUGGUGAGUCUGAUGGACGCUGCCCAAGUCAAGGAGUUGUCACUCAUGGUCUUCAUACCGCAGACGACUGGGAAUUUCAAGUACCCUUUCGGAGCAGAGAUGUCCGGCGGGGCAGUGUUAGUAGCCAUAGAUGAUAUAGAAAAGGAAGGACUACUGCCCAAUCACAUUUUGAAACCAGACUUUGUCAAUUCAAGAUGCAACGCAGUGUACGGCUUUGGGAAUGCGCAUCUUGCCUUCGCCAACUCCACGUAUGACGUCAUCAUUGGUCCAGCGUGCUCAAGCGUUUGUCGAAUGGUCGCACGUCUGGCUGCAUUCGUGAACAUCCCAUGCUUCGCCGGCGUCUGCCAGGAUAGCGAAAUGUUGAACAAGAAGGAAUUUACAACCUUGGUUCGUUUCAUGGGAACCUUCGAGAAAACUGGUUACGCUUUCUAUAAGGUUCUUCAGCGGUUUAACUGGCACCGCGUCAGUAUCAUUUGGGAGAGCCACAAUGACAAGGUCUGGUGGUACACCUUGAAGACCCUGGAGGACCUGCUGGUGGAGGGGAAUAACUUCACCAUCGCCACUAAGGUGCGACUUGGUCAGGGGGCGGAGAUGUCGGUGGAGGAUGCUGUCAGACAUUGUGCUGGCGUCAGCAGAAUCAUCUUGUUGGCGGUCAGGGGCGAAUCCCUCAGGAACAUCGCCAUAGCAGCGAACAAACAAGGCCUCAUUAACGGCAGGUUCAUCUUUCUUUCUGCUGGGUAUUACGAGCAGCCGAGAGCUUACGGGAAUUUUCAUUGGAGAAGGAAUGACACGUCUGAUGAGAUUGCCAAGUCGGCCUACACGGCCUUCUUCUUCAUCUAUUACUUUAACAGAGACACCUCUGCCGAGUACGACGCCUUCCAAAGAAAAGUCAAAGAGAUUUCGUUGAAGAAAUUUGGUUUUACAUACGAAGAGGACGAAAUGAUUCCAUACCCCGCAGCCAACCUUUACGAGGCCGUGUAUCUCUACGCCAGGUCCAUAAACGAGACAGUCGCAGCAGGCGGCAACAUUAGUAACGGAACAUUACUUUCUCACAGACUUUGGGGAAGAUCAUUUCACAGUAUUACGGGAGAAUUGACGCUGAACGAUAAUGGUGACAGAGAGCAAGCGUACACUAUCAAACAUCUUCAGAAUAAACAAACUGGAGAUAUGGAGGUGAUUGGCCAUUAUUUCAGCACCAACGACACCCUGGUUCUGAAGUCCAUCACGUGGCCUGGAGAUGGUCCGCCAAUUGACCAUCCUCCCUGUGGGUAUAGCAACGAGUUUUGCGAACAAGUGCCAUUCUUCCGUGAAAUGGACGGCAAAUGA